AUGGCAGAAGAAAAUAGAGUUCCUCCUCCACCUCCACCUCCACCUCCAAGAACAUUGGGAGAUUAUAUGAAUUCUGCUAGAGUUCCACAGACAGCAAGCAUUGUUAGACCACAUAUGGAAGCUAACAAUUUUGAACUCAAGCCGGCACUGUUACAAUUGAUUCAGAAAGAUCAAUUUGCCGGAGGAAGCACGAAAAACCCCUACAGUCAUCUGGAAGGCUUCCUGUUUUACUGUGACAUGCUAAAAAUGAACGGAGUCUCUCGGGAUGCCAUCUUGCUUAGACUUUUUCCAUGCUCACUGAAAGACGAAGCAAAGGCUUGGCUGCAUUCACUACCUGAAGGAAGUAUCACCUGCUGGGAUGACUUAGCUACAAAGUUCUUGGCCAGAUUUUUCUCAUCUUCAAAAUUGGCGAAACUCAAGGCGGAUAUCACUUCUUUUGAACAAAAGGAAAGUGAAUCUUUAUAUGAAGCAUGGGAAAGAUUCAAGGGACUAUUCAGGAAAUAUCCACAGCAUGGCAUUGAAGCUUGGGAUAAAGCGAGAAUUUUCUUUCAAGGAAUGACGCCAAACACCAGGACCUUAGUGAAUGCCGCAGCAGGAGGAUCACUGAAAACAAAAACUCCAGAGGAAGCUUUGGAAUUAAUAGAAUCUCUAGCAUCUCAAGAGUACGAUAAUGCUCCAGUACCACAGAGAAGAGCAGGGAUUAUGAAGCUUGAUGGCUAUGAUGCCAUCAUGGCUCAGAAUGAGCAGAUUUUACAAUCCAAUAAGAAACAGCAACAACAGCUAGAUGCUCUCACAAAGCAAUUUUCUGAAUUUCAAGUUUCUUCUGUUAAUACUUCAGUAGCUUCUGUUAAUACUCCUUCUAUCACUUGUGGUAUAUGUACAGGUACUCAUGCUACCAAAGAUUGCAAUUUCCACAAGUCAACUGAAAAUGCUGAAGUUAAUGGAAUCUGGCAUGAUAAAAAAGCUCCAUAUAAUCCAGGGAGGAACCAAUACGGCAAUAACCUGAAUCAAGGGUGGAGAAAUCAAAAUCAAAAUCAACACUCGGGAUUUAGUUACAGUUCGAAUCAUCAACUGAAUCCUCCUAUGCCAGUGCAACAACAACCUCCACAACAAUCAGAAUGGGAGAAGGCUUUUGCACAAUUAUCCAAGACCACUGCAGAUUACAUUCAAAGUUCCAAUAAUUUCAGAGAGGACACUUCAACCUUUAUGCAAGAGACAAGGGCCUCAUUCCGGAAUCAAGAAGCUUCUAUGUGGAAUCUUGAAACUCAGAUUGGCCAGCUAUCAAAGCAGUUCACUGAAAGAGUUCAAGGAACUUUUCCAGUAACACUAUUCCAAAUCCAAGUAGGGAACACUGCAAUGCGAUUACUACUAUGA